UGCGGAUAACCGCUAUACAAAUGUCCUAGGGAUGUUCCCAAUUCACCUCUACUACACACCCAACCUGAACAUCACACGGUCAUUAACACGAAGAGAUGCGAUGUUGUCUUGGAGCAAUAUCAUAUAUAUAUUUUUAUUAUUUUCCUUAGUUUCUGUACAGGACGCAUUGCAUAGUGAAUCUACGUCAAUUGUUGAUUUACUUUCAUCGAGUCCGAACUUUUUUCUUUUAAUAAGGCAUCUACAGCGUGACCGGUUUAUUCCUUACUUAAAUCGAAAUAAAGGAUUGACAUUUUUUGCUCCUCUAAACGAAGCAUUUGAUGAUGAUACUGUUGAUCCUGUAUGGCCAUACCAUAUACUGAAUACGACGGAUUUCAAUCGUACAGUCUUUGCUACAGAGUUCAAAGCAGCCGAUGGUCAACCAAUUGCUUUGAAAGUUACACAUAAAGGAGAAUCGAAUAAUCCUUUUGAUCUCGUAAAUGAUGUUUACAUUGUUAGGCCCAAUUGGCAAGCCGACAGCGGCAUUGUUCAAGUUGUGGAUCAGCUUCUUCGCCUUCCCCAAACUGCUUUAGAUAUUCUUAGUUCGGAAAGCGAGUACAGCAUAUUUUAUCGCUUAUCUUCUGCCUGGGUUGGUGAAUAUGAAUCAACUACCUUGUUCGUUCCCACGACUGAUGUAUUUAUCAAUACGUUUACAAAUACAGAAUUGAGUUAUAUGUACUCUAUUUAUGCAACUGAAGAUGUAAAGACCCUCUUUAAUCAACACUCAGUCAUCCAUGAACGAGUGUAUGCUGAUGACGUUGUUGAGCCCAAGAAUUUUACUCUAAGAAACGGAUUUGUCAUGACAAUGCGAUACGACAAGCCAAAUAAAAUCUUAUAUUUUAAUGACACCCCUUCCUAUAACUUUGAUUUAGUCACCCGCAAUGGUGCAAUACACGUUUUGCCAGAUCUCCUAAACCCUGAGGUUAUCGUGUUUACACCAGCAAAAUAUUUAAUAGGCUUAGGAGCAACCUGGUUUAGUGAAAAAAUUUCUCAAAAAAGAGAGGACGCAGCUAUAGAUACAUCUUCACAUAGAGGUAUCUUUGCACCUACCAAUUGGGCUUUUCGUGAAAGCUCUGAUAUCGAUUAUCAUAUAAUGGAAAACUUUUAUAUGCCUAAUAUAAAUAAAUAUUAUUUGGCGAAGACGAAUUCCAAAAGCCACGAUGAACACAACGCUUUAAUAAGAGUAGCUACGGAUACAACAGGCGCAUUAUACGUUAAUUUCGACUCACAUUCUAUAGAUCGAGAGACCAUCGGCAAUGUAAGUCUGUUUCUUCUUGAAAAAGAUAUCGAACCCCCCAGACCAUUACUCUCUCAGCUCAUUUUAUUGGAUGAAAUAUCUAUGAGUGUCCGAUAUCUAGCUGCGCUUGGUCUUGGAGAAGAUCCGAAUAGUACUUGGUUUUUAAUUGAAAACGAUGCUUGGAUGAAGCUAGGACUUAUACGAAAGGCCUUAGAGCAUAAUAUGGAAAUGAUGCAAAAUCUGUUCCUUGAGUAUGUUUUCCAAGGAAAACAUUAUUUUGGGUCAAGCGAGGAUUCUUGGACUUCUGGAAAUUAUACGACUAUAUCUGGUAAAAGUGUUAUGAUAGAAAACUGUCCCGAGAAUAACGAUAUAAUCUAUAUAAAUGGUCUUCCUUACGAAGUUCAAACGCGUGACAUGUUGGUCCAAGAAGGUGUCGUUCACAUCUUGAACAGAUUAGUCGUUCCUUUUCCUGUUUCCCAGCGCAGCAUGAUUAGUGCUGGAGAAAGAAAAGAGUUCUUAGAAUUAAUUGACAAACAAGGACUAACUGACACGUUAGAUCAGGGUUUAUCGAUUGUAGUUCCUCCCCUAUCCACUUCGGAUAUCAAAUCAAAGGACUUUUCGUUCGCUGAUCGACACAUCAUUGACACCACGAAGAAAUCAUUUGUUAUUCACGAUUCUCUUUUGUCAGUAGAUAAUGGACCGUGGGUACAUAUAGAAGAUAGCGGUUUCUCUAGUUGCGGCAAUGUCUACUUCGUGAAGUCUCCAAUUCCUACAAGGCGAAACGCAAGCUGGAGAACAUUUGGAGUUUCUCUCCUUGGUUUCUUUACUGCCUCCGUGUUUUCUGUUAGUGGUUAUAAAACUUACAGAAUCUAUCAACAGAAAUUAUGGGCAUCAGAAAGAGAGCCUUUGUUGAUGCCAGCUAGCAGAGCACCAUCCCUUCCUCGUCCUGGAAGUCCUGCUCGUUCUGUUUAAAAUAUCCCUUAAGGAUCUGUAUAUUAUACAUGAUGUUCAGCUAAUGACAGUCAAUAUCUGGGGAAUUAUGGAAACAUAACUACCCUUUCAUGAAAGAUUCUAAUGACAAUAAAAAAUGAAGUUCUCGUUGAAUUGAGUAUAAUGCUUUCUCCACUCAUUUCGGAUUCAUGAUACGAUGAUAACAUAUAUUCGCAGAAAUUAUUAACUCCUGUUAUGAAACGACCAGUGUUUGUAAAUAACUAUAAGGUGGCUAUACGAUGUAUGUUUAGUACAAAAUAACUGGAAUUACAAACGCAUCAUAAAUUAUGAAAUAUUUUUCGCUAUUUACUUUCAAUGGAUUCUUAGCAUAUUCAUCUUCCACAGUAGGUAUCAAGACUGAAAAUCCUCAG